CCUAGUGUAUAACUCUAUGAUGGCUGACCCCAACCCCUAAAUGUUCGCCAGACUCCGUUUCUGAUAACUAUAAGCAAACAGUGGUCUGUGAAUAUAACCAGCAUAAUACAGAGCAUCUGAUGAAAACAGAAUAUUUGGUACCAAGUUGAUACCAUAGUUAAUUGGUUCUAUCACCAAUACCGACCAAACACUGUAUUAUUCGAUGAAGAGUACACCAUUGUAUGGCAUUCUAUUAAUUCUCCACUGUUGCCAACAUAUCACUGAUCAUGAAAACUGUACAAUUUGCGAAGAGAGAGGUGGGAAUUUGAAAUUGUGGAUUUCAUACAGCAGAAAUAGGAUAUAAUAUAUUAAUGUGUCUGUGCUAGGGUUCUGAUCAUAAGCAGAUCAAGUGACGUAAUAUGUGUACGAUAACAACUGUGACAACUUCAGCGUAGAGGAUAACGCACACGCCCAAACAGAAAUCUGUUCCGUGUGAUUUAUGAAGAUUGUUUAAUCACUUCAGUCAUGAAGUCUAGUUUACUGCGAGCACUUAUAAUCGGUGCCCCGGCUUCAGGAAAAGGAACAAUCUCAAAUCGUAUUGUGAAAAGUUUUGAUGUUCAACAUCUAUCGAGCGGUGACUUAUUAAGGCACCACAUUUUGAAUAAAACAGAAUUGGGGCAAGCAGCCAACAAGUAUAUUACUGAAGGUUUAUUAGUGCCAGAUAAACUAAUUAUAAAUUUGGUUAUUGAUGAGUUAAAAAAAUUAAAAACUAGCAAUUGGCUUUUAGAUGGUUUUCCAAGAACGAGAAAUCAAGCUUUGGAAUUGAGUCGGGCAUUUCCAGUAAAUGUUGUUAUUAAUCUUAUAGUACCAUACGAUGUUAUUAUUCAUAGAGUGCAACAGAGAUGGAUACAUGCCCGUAGUGGAAGAAUUUACAAUACAGAAUUUUCUCCUCCAAAAAUUAUGGGUAAAGAUGAUGUGACUGGAGAAGAUUUAAUUCAACGACCAGAUGAUCAACCAGAAGCUGUAAAAAGAAGAUUGAAUGAAUAUGCUGAAAUUAUACAUCCAGUGUUGGAAUUCUACAAGCAUUUUAAUGUUGUCCAUGAUUUUCAUGGCAAAACUUCAGAUGAAAUAUGGCCAAAAGUACAAGAUUUUUUGUCUUCUAUUAUAGAACCAAAAGUCAAAUGCAGCUCAAGUAAUUAAUUAUAAUGAUAUUAUGCAUGGAAAAGGCUGUUAUAAGACUUCAAACUGAGCAUUUGGGAAUCAGUUUGAACUAUUCUAGAAAUGGGCAUUUGCUUGAAAUAUGAGUUGACAUUAAUUUUUUGUGCAAUUCCAAAAUAUGAAGUAUUCAUUUAAAACAUGCUCAGUGAAAAGUUUCAUUGUAAUAUUUUAAAUCACAGAAUAAUACAUAUCUUAAGAUUUCUUAUAUUUCAGUGCACAGUGAUAUUUUAAGAAGGUACAACUUUUUUUGUUUGGAAGAUUUUUAUUUCCUUUUGGUAUUUGUGUUCAAUUUUUAUUUUGUUUUCCAAAGUAUUAAUUGAAAGAAGUUUCUUUUCUUCUGUUACUUUUACUGAAAAACAUUUAGUGUGAAUAUUCCUAAUGUUAAUAUACUCUCUUUAAUGAUUGUGUUUUAAUUCUUCAAUUUAAUUAAUUUUUUUCCUUUCUCACAAAGAGAAUCAUUUUAUUAUGCAAGCUGAGAUUGUCAUAGAAUAUGUGCAUUUGCAAGGACAUAUUAUGUUUAUAGAGCAAAGGUGCCUAUAGAUAUUAAUAAGCACAAUUUAUUUUAUAGAGUAUCAUGAAAACAAUAUCUCAAUACCUCAGAAAGUGCAAAUUGUUAUUUUAGAUACCAGAUCAUUUAUAUAGAAUAUUUGGUGUUGUGCACAAUGUAAAUGAAAUAUUACUUAGAAAAGUGUUGACAAUAAGAAUUUAGUAUUAAACAAUGCAUAUAUAUAUUGCUAAAUAGAAUUUCAACUGGUCAGAGUAUCUUUAUUUUUAUAGUACUAUUCAUUAAUCAGCCAUCCACUUUUACUAAAAACAAGAGAAAAAAGCAAUUGUGAAAAUUCCAGAAUUUAAGGUAAAUAGUGAAACAAAUACUUCUCACAUUCGAACUUUGUUCGAAUGUGUAACGAAAAAUGUCAUUCUUUCAUAGUGUGAACAUUAGUUGCAAAUUAAUGUGUUGUUAAUAUUUUUUUAAUUAAUUUGUUCUAAAUUCUUAUAUUUCCUCUCGUACUUUAUAAUUUGGCUGAAACAUAGAUGCACUAUUAACAGAAAUAUGACGGAUAUUAUUGAACAACAUAGUAUAUUAAAUGUAAAUUAAUGUGAAGAUUGUGAUAAAAAUACACAUUUUGUACUUAAAAAUUGUUCUACUAAUAAUUACUUCGAUAAAUGUUGUUAAGGCACUACCUGAAUUAUGUACUUAAUUCCAAGUUUACGUUUUGCUAUUUUUUAUGUAGAGAAUAUAAUACAAUGAAAGGUGAAUUCAAAGCAUCAAAAGGUUGUGAAUAUCAUGUGCCAGUGGAUUGAAGUAUCCACUUAGCAUUGUAGUAUUUAAUGCAGAGACAUUUUAGGUAACAAAAAGCUCUAUAAACUUAGGGCUUCCACCAAUUAAUUCUCACACUUGCUCUUUGCUUAUCCCACUCUGCGAGAGUCACGUUGAUAUAGAUUUCUCAUUAGCAUGGAGAUGAAGAAACAGAGGAAACUUAUUUAUAAAUUGUGGUUCACUCAUUCCAAAAUUAUUGUUAAGGGCCUUUAACUGAAUUAUUGUUAUCUGUAAGUUUUUAUAUCAAAAUGCAAUAAGAACAGUAAAUAUCAGAAAAUUGCCAAACUGUGAUUGUUGUAUUUUCACAACUGUUGUUAUACAAGUGUAUGAUUAUACUACUGGAUUCUGUGUGGGAAUAAAAUUGUUUUUAUUUUCUGCAUUCUUAUUGAAUCAUUAGUGUUUGUUCACAAUGUUUUCUAUCUCCAAAUAUUGUAGAACAUUUGCUGUUGAUGGUUUUUAACCGGGCUUUGUCUAAUUUUGAUUGGGGGGGGGGGGCGGGGGGGGGUGGACGUUAUGAAAGCAAUGCGUUGAACUCC